AUGAGAUUAGGAAAUCGACCAGAAGAUAUUAGAACUUGUGUGCAUCUCAGAUGGCACAUUCAUGGACUUUUAAGACAAGAGAAUGCUUCAGUGGUGAUCUCCAAAUGUCUGAGGCAUGGAGCUUGGCGCCUGCUACUUUGGCUUCUGCUCCUUGCAACAUGGGAUGUAGGGAGCGGCCAGCUUCACUACUCUGUCCCAGAGGAGGCCAAACACGGCACCUUCGUGGGCCGCAUCGCGCAGGACUUGGGGCUGGAGCUGGCUGAACUGGUGCCCCGCCUGUUCAGGGUGGUGUCCAAGGACCGCGGGGACCUUCUGGAGGUAAAUCUUCAGAAUGGCAUUUUGUUUGUGAAUUCUCGGAUCGACCGGGAGGAGCUGUGCGGGCAGAACGCGGAGUGUAGCAUCCACCUGGAGGUGAUCGUGGACAGGCCGCUGCAGGUUUUCCACGUGGAGGUGGAGGUGAGGGACAUUAAUGACAACCCUCCGAUAUUCUCCGUAGCGGAACAAAAGAUCUUGGUAGCUGAAUCUAGACUGCUUGAUUCUCGAUUUCCACUAGAAGGCGCCUCUGAUGCAGAUGUUGGAGAGAACUCUAUGCUUACUUACAAACUCAGUUCAAAUGAGUUUUUUAUCCUUGAUAUUGUAAACAAAAGAGGCAAAGGCAAAUUUCCAGUGCUUGUUCUUCGAAAACUGAUAGAUCGAGAAGAAAAUCCUCAGCUAAAGUUGCUACUGACAGCAACCGAUGGAGGCAAACCUGAAUUUACGGGAUCGGUUUCUCUGUUGAUCCAGGUGUUGGAUGUUAAUGACAAUGCUCCUGUGUUUGACAGAUCUGUUUACGAAGUUAAGAUGUAUGAGAAUCAAGAGAAUAAAACCUUAGUAAUAUGGCUGAAUGCUACUGACUCAGAUGAAGGAAUAAACAAAGAAGUGGAGUAUUCAUUUAGCUCUUUAGCCUCAUCGAUUAUAAGACAGAAAUUUCUAAUAAACGAAAAGACUGGAGAGAUAAAAAUAAACGGCGCUAUUGACUUUGAGGAGAGUAACAAUUAUGAAAUUCACGUGGAUGCUACAGAUAAAGGAUACCCACCUAUGGUUGCUCACUGCACCGUACUCGUGGAAAUCUUGGAUGAAAAUGAUAACGCACCGGAGAUAGUCCUUACUUCUUUGUCUUUGCCGGUGAAAGAAGAUGCUCCUUUGGGCUCUGUAAUCGCCCUGAUCAGCGUGUCAGACAAAGACUCUGGUGUCAAUGGACAGGUGACCUGCUCCUUGACUAACCAUGUCCCCUUCAAGUUGGUGUCCACCUUCAAGAAUUACUAUUCCCUCGUGCUGGACAGCGCCCUGGACCGAGAGACCACAGCUGACUAUAAGGUGGUGGUGACAGCCCGCGACGGGGGCUCGCCCUCUCUGUGGGCCACGGCCAGCGUGUCCGUGGAGGUGGCUGACGUGAACGACAAUGCUCCUGCAUUCGCACAUCCCGAAUACACGGUGUUCGUGAAGGAGAACAACCCGCCUGGAGUGCACAUCUUCACAGUAUUGGCGGUGGAUGCUGACGCACAGGAGAACGCGCUGGUGUCCUACUCGCUGGUGGAGCGGAGGGUGGGCGAGCGCUUGCUGUCGAGCUAUGUGUCUGUGCACGCGGAGAGCGGCAAGGUGUUCGCGCUGCAGCCUCUGGACCAUGAGGAGCUGGAGCUGCUGCAGUUCCAGGUGAGCGCGCGGGAUGCUGGUGUGCCUGCCCUGGGCAGCAAUGUGACUCUGCAGGUGUUUGUGCAGGAUGAGAAUGACAAUCCGCCCACGCUGCUCGGACAUCAGUCAGGUGGACCUGCUGGCGAAUUUAGCCAGCUUGUUUCGCGGUCAGUGGGUGCGGGACACGUGGUGUCAAAGGUGCGCGCGGUGGAUGCGGACUCCGGUUACAACGCGUGGCUGUCUUAUGAGCUCCACCCAACUGUGGGCGCUCGCAGCCCUUUCCGUGUCGGUCUCUACACGGGUGAGAUCAGCAUGACCCGAGCCCUGGAUGAAUCUGAUUUACCGCGCCAGCGCCUAUUGGUGUUGGUGAAGGACCACGGCGAACCUAUGUUGAUCGCCACUGCCACCGUUUUGGUGUCCCUGGUGGAGAACGGCCAGGUGCCAAAAGCUUCUUCCCAGGGGUUGCCCAACUCCUCCCGCAGGGAGGCGUCGCUGAUGGAUGUCAAUGUAUACCUGAUCAUUGCCAUUUGCGCAGUGUCCAGCCUGUUGGUGCUCACGCUGCUGCUAUACACAGCCCUGCGCUGCUCAGCUGUGCCCAUGCAGGCUGGGUGCGGGCUUGGGAAGCCCACUCUGGUGUGCUCAAGCGCUGUGGGGACCUGGUCAUACUCACAGCAGAGACAGCAGCGAGUAUGCUCAGGAGAGGGUCCGCCCAAAACCGACCUCAUGGCUUUUAGCCCCAGUCUUACACCUUGCCCAGUGGCCGAAGUGGGAAUGGAAAGUCAUUCUGUUGGAGGAGACGUGCCCGGAAAGCCCCGGCAGCCCAACCCUGACUGGCGCUACUCUGCCUCGCUAAGAGCAGGCAUGCACAGCUCUGUGCACCUGGAGGAGGCUGGCAUUCUACGGGCUGGUCCAGGAGGGCCUGAUCAGCAGUGGCCAACAGUAUCCAGUGCAACACCAGAACCUGAGGCAGGAGAGGUGUCCCCUCCGGUGGGCGCCGGUGUCAACAGCAACAGCUGGACCUUUAAAUACGGACCAGGCAACCCCAAACAGUCCGGUCCCGGUGAGUUGCCAGACAAAUUCAUUAUCCCAGGAUCUCCUGCAAUCAUCUCCAUCCGGCAGGAGCCUGCUAACAACCAAAUUGACAAAAGCGAUUUUAUAACCUUCGGCAAAAAGGAGGAGACCAAGAAAAAGAAGAAAAAGAAGAAGGGUAACAAGACCCAGGAGAAAAAAGAGAAAGGGAACAGCACGACGGACAACAGUGACCAGUGAGGCCACCAAAUGGAAACAAGCCACUUAGCCAGUUUUUGUAAUAAUGGCAAAUCUCUCCCAUGUAGCAACUCCCCGCUCCUUUCUCCUAUGACAUGAGCCCUCAGAAAUCUGCAGAAAGUUCCCUGUGUCUGUCUUGAUCGCAUUUAACAGGUUUUGUCUUAAAAAGCUUUCCUAAGUCUGGUGUUAACUCUCUCUCUCUCCACUCUGGCUUGUUUUCAGAACCUAAAAAGCAGACCCAGGUUUCCUUUCUCCCCCGCCGCAAAGGAGAAGCUUCCCAGCCCCGCCAGUGAGAGUUGGACUCUCUGCCCUGUGCUUCAAGCAUCCUGUCUUGAUGAUAUUUGCAGGGCAGGCUGAAAGGUAUUCAGGUUGAGCAGUUGGGUGUUUGUGGUCACUGGGUAUGUGUGGCUACCAAGAGUGUUGGAGAGCCUGGUAUUGGCUGGGAUGGUCCAGAUUAGACUAGUUAACACAAGGAGGGCUGGGGCUCAAAGGCACAUCAACACCGGGAGUCUUUCAUCUGGAGGGGGAAAAUGUGAAACUUACAAGGACCAGACUUUCUCAAUCUCUCAACUAGACAUAUGAUGGCCAUCCUCUAACAGACAAAACCAUCCCCACCGGCAAAGCUUUAGGAGCCCCUCAAGUGUGCUGGCUAUAACAUCACUGUAUUCAAAACCUGCAGUAUGCACACGAGCCAGCAGUUCAAGCGUUUAACAAGAGGGUCGGCCAGGGCAACAGAAGCAGAUCUGAUGUGUUUCCUGUACACGUCCUUGUGCUCACGCUAUUAAAAAUUCUUUUGCACACAAUGUUUAUGAAAAGGUCUCAUCCUUUUCCAACAACACAUAUGCAAAAGCAAAAGAAAAACCCAAGACCUCACUUUAUGCUGUUUGUUGUUUGAUAGAUUUAUUAAAAAGAAAAGAGAAAGUCGAUAGCUAUAAAUCUUUAAAGGAAUAUGAUGAAUACAAUCCCCCCAACCUUCCCUCAAAAGAGAAUCCAGUCUACAGCCAUUUGAAAUGAUCGUUGCUGCUACAGAAGUGCUUUAAGAGAAUUGCCUGGAACAUCUGUAUUAUCCCGGCCACCUGCCAAUCACAGCUUUACUCUUUCAGGUCACUCUGGGGCUGCCUCUUGCAUGUAUUAAUUACUAAAUAGAAGGAUCUUUCUCUCUUUUCUAAGAAAAAUGAUGUGCACUUUGAUUACACAACCUUCUCUAACCCACGAUAUCAAGACCCAGAAACUGAAGAAAAAUCUUGUUUUCUCAUGCAUACAGUGAGCAGACUUUUCAUUCCUCUGGUUCUGUGGUUGUCUCGGUGUGCUAGCCUACACCUCCACCUUGUUUAGCUUUCCUUUUCUAGAACACUCUGAAUUGCUAACCUUACUAACACCUAUGAUGUUACCUGAAUCAAUCUCCCAUAUGUAUGCUGUAUGCUAUUAUAAGACUCCUGAGAUAUACUUACUCUGUGCUUGUGUAUGUGAAUGUUAAUGCAACUAUUACCUAGAGUGAACUUUAAGCUUUAUUGUUGAAUGUAAGCCCAUUAUAUUUCCUUUUGUACACCUGUGGAAAAGUGGAAUAGUGUUUUUUUUAAAACCAUUGUUAAUCAGCUUUUGUGUAUGAAAGACACAGUAAAAUUUCUUUCUUAAAUCAAGAUGCUGGUGAUUCAAGGAAUUUUAUUUAUGGUCAGCCAAGGGCUGUCUCUUGCCAAGAAUCCUGCUGGCAAGGGAAAAUGGAUAAAGCUGGUUUUUUUUUUUCCUAGUAAGAAUUCUGGAAUAAAUACUGAAGAAAGUCCCUGAGGGUAUGCAAGCACAAAAUUGUACCAAUCUGACCUCUUUGAAUUUGCAGACUGCUUUGAAAUGCUAUCCGGAAUAUCAGCUUGUAGAAAGUAAUAAAAUUUACUGUUACCAUAAAUAAGACAUUUUAAGUUUAUUGUGCACAACUUAGAUGUUUGAUUAAUUAUAUUAUCUACUUAAAAGCAUAUAAAAGAGGUAGGAGUCUGUUUUAAAAGGCAUAAAAAAUCUCAAAAAAAAAAAACCUGUCUUGUCUACUUUUAGCUUCAUUCUCCCAUAUUUUGAAGGGUGUGUAACUUCAGCUCUGCAGGAUUGCAUGGGGUAAAACUCGUUGACAGCGCAUGUGAACCAUUGCUACAUUGUAGGUUGUGAUCAUUUUGCCCCACUGAAGCCCAUGUAACUGACCUUACGUGCCUUUUGAACUAGGAGAAUCGGGCUAUAAUUUAUUAAUGAUGAUAAUGAUAAUGUAUAUGUACAGCACUUUUUAACCUUACAAAGUGCUUUCCAAUUCGUGUUAGUUAUUAGUUAUUACAGCUGUAAGGAUAAAACACGUCAUGUGGAUUCAUUUUUAAUUGGUGCUAUUGGUAUUUCCUCUGUUCUUGCUAAUAAAUGGAAAUGGUGGUGU